AGAGAAACAUCGAAUGAAGUAUCGUCAUGUGUUCAAUUAUGGUACAUGAAUAAUUAUCAUUGGUAUUUGAAACAAGAAAUUUUGCCACCCUCAACUGAAUCAAUAACAAGUGUUUCUUGGGACCCAGAAAUUGCAUUGAUACUACAUUAUACAACUGAUAGUAACAAUUUCCGACUUGAAUUUUCUUGGGAAAAUUUAUUGGCAAAUACUAUUUCUGCAGAGAAUGCCGCUACUGUUGCUGUCAUUGAUGGAUGCUCGAUUUACCUUACACCAUUUCGAAUAAUGAAUAUCCCUCCCCCAAUGUUUGCUUUCUCGGUCCAGCUUGAUUCUCCUGCUGUACAUGUAUCAUUUUCACCUAAUAAUGGUGGUAAUGACUUUGCCGUUCUUAAAGCUAAUCAGGAAAUCUCAUUUUUCGAAUGGCCUGGAGUAAUGGAUACCCCUCUAAAACCUCCAAAGCUAUUAGGGACUGUUCAUAU